AUGCUAAGGGACAGGAAUGCCACCUUCACCUCUCCAGCCCAGUAUCAUGUAUACAAGAAGCUAUUGGAGCGGCAGACCCAUUUGGUUAGUAUCUCUGGCACUGGCUCUGGAAAAACUCUUCCCUUCCAACUUGCAAUCUUAAGUUGGCCACCAGAAACUAGAGCAGUGAUGGUGCUCCCUUACCAGGUCCUUCACAAUGAUAUGAAAAGGAGGUUCAAUGGGAUUGGCAUUUCUUGUGGCAAAUGGCACUCAGGUAAUCAUAAUCCCACAGAGAGGGUAAUCACACUGUCGAUUGAGUCAUUCUCCUCACAAGCUUGUAUUGGGUGGCUCAAUGAUCUGGCCAACUCUGGGAAGCUUGGUGCCAUCAUGUAUGAUGAGGCUCAUGGGUUGGUGGAAGAUUCCACAUUCAGGGAUGCUUAUGACUGUAGCAUCACCAAGCUUAUGCAGCUUCAGAACUGUCCCAUCUUAUUCUGCUCUGCCACCCUACCUCCUCAAUACAUGCAUGCCUUCUGGAAUGUACUCAAGGCAGAGUUUAGGCCCCAAGACACUGUGCAGGUCAUUAGGUCUCCCACCCAACGUCACAACAUUUGCUAUCAAGUUCUGGAUUGCAAAGUGGGUCAUCCACCACCCAGGACAGCUUACAAAUUUGAUGAGUGGCAGGAGAAGUGGGUUACUGUGACCAUCAAAUUUAUCAGGGUAAUUGCUAGCUUUUUGAAUGUUGGUAAGGGUGAGAGGGGAGUAGUGUUCUUUGGGAGUGAUGAGGAUUGCAGGCUGUGGGCAGGUCACCUGCAGUGCCCCUACAUUAUUGGAGAUGUGGAUGUAGAGCAGAGGGUGGAGGGUUUUAGAAAGUGGAGGGAAGGACAAACAGCUCUCAUCUGUCUUAACAAGGCAGGAUUUUAUGGGUUUGACUAUCCUUCAAUUCGCUUUGCUAUCAUGGUAGGGGCACCAUGGUCCAUGACAGAAUUCAUGCAGAGUUCUGGAAGGAUAGGCAGGGAUGGCGAAUUUUCUUCAUGCAUCACACUCCUCCCCUCAGCAGCAAAGAAGCCAUUUCCCCAAGCUGAGGAGUCAUUUAGUGGAAAGAAGGCCAUUGGACUCAUGUUGCAUGCAUCAGGAGAGUGUCUCAGGUACUUCCAAUCACAUCACAUGGAUGGAAAUCCAGUCACUUGCUCAGACUUGCAGAGGACCAUGGAGAGGAGGGUUGCACCAUGUUCUGCUUGCUUCCCCAAGCUCCAUCUGAAUGAGGAUGAGGAUGAGGAUGAGGAUGGGGACUUGGAAUUCUGGGCAGAGCCUUGGGGUAAGUUUGCAUAUCCUUCACAUGGCUAUCUCACUUAA